CUCACAAUGUCUGAAGGCGAAGUCGAAGUGUCCUCCGGCAGCUACGAGGUCCUCCCUAAGGAGGUCCUUGCCGAGGUUGGAAGCGUCAAGCUCUUCAACCGCUGGAGCUACGAGGAUGUUGAGAUCCGGGAUAUCUCGUUGACAGACUACAUUCAAAUCCGGUCUCCCGUCUACAUCCCUCACUCCGCUGGUCGCUAUGCCGUCAAGCGGUUCCGCAAGGCCAACUGCCCGAUUAUCGAGCGUCUGACCAACUCUCUGAUGAUGCACGGCCGCAACAACGGCAAGAAGUUGAUGGCCGUUCGCAUUGUUGCGCAUGCCUUCGAAAUUAUCCACCUCAUGACCGACCAGAACCCCAUCCAGAUUGCCGUUGAUGCCAUUGUCAACUGCGGUCCCCGCGAAGACAGCACCCGUAUCGGCUCUGCCGGCACUGUCCGGAGACAGGCCGUCGAUGUGUCCCCCCUCCGCCGCGUUAACCAGGCUAUUGCCCUUCUCACAACGGGUGCGCGCGAGGCGUCGUUCCGCAACGUCAAGUCGAUCGCCGAGUGCCUUGCCGAGGAGCUGAUCAACGCUGCCAAGGGCAGCAGCAACUCGUAUGCUAUCAAGAAGAAGGACGAGUUGGAGCGUGUGGCCAAGAGCAACCGGUAAAGGGGAACUUGGACGGAAGGCAUUUGGGCUGGGGCGGAACGGAUUUUACGGCUUGUUUUUGCAGGGCUGCUUUUGCGCGUUACGGUCUGGGGGAUGCAUGGCAUUCUUGUCAAACAGGCACAAAUAGGGCUCUCGCCAAACAGGGAGCAAAUCGUGAAUUUCUGACAAGCAACGACUCUUUGGGCCGGCAAUGUGUGUGCAUCACGACGUGUGGUUUGCUUUCAUAUUCCCUUGGGAAUAGGGAAUGGGUAAUGCAACCGAAUUAUGGUUGAGACGGAUGGUAUCACAUCAUACAUAUUGUCCCUAUACCUCCACUGUAUUCUAUACCGUUUGAACCUCUCCAUCAGUUUCACUACCAGCAUCACCUCAUCGCCCCAUCCCCGUCCGA